UCGAAAUAAACGACUACAACGGCGCGUCGAUCGCUAAACUGAAAUUGUUGUGAAAAAUUUUACUGAUUAAUUGUGUUGCUCUUGGAAAUUACAGAAUACCAUCAAUUUUGCCUUCAAAACUUUUGCUAAAAGGUAGGUGAUCAUCUGGAUCGAAACAAAAACGCUACAAACUAUAGGCAGCAAUUCGCUAUUGUACUUGACUGGAGUCGUGAAACCAGGACACACUCACACAUAAAGAGAGCUCUGUAAUGUCUGGUCUAAAGAAAUUCCAAGACAACGAGGAAUGGCGUCAGAAACUGCGUGCGUUUCUUUUGACAGAUCGCGUGCCGAAAAAACCAGUAAAGAUGGACGAAUCGAAGGAUAUGCGCUACAGUUUGGAGAUCGAUGAGGAUCUAAAGAGACCAUUAAAGGCGAGGACACAGACAGUCCCUUUACCUAAUCCCAUUAUUCAAAAAAACGUCAAUUUCAACGAGGAAACCAUAUACGAAGGCAGUUCCCUAGGCCAGUUGGACGAUGGCGACGAUAGCUUUAGUGCCUUCGAGCGAAUGUGCGACAAGACGGGAUCUGAUCCGGACAGUACUCUGUUCCAGUACCUACACAGCGAGGAUCGAAGCCAAGUUAUGGCCAGAGCCAAGGAUCGCAGUACCGACGACCAAAAAGAGAUAGACGCCUUGCGUCGCAUGCUUGAGGCGGUCGGCACCGAUGAGGAUCUACUGGAGAACGAGAGUCCAGUGAAAGGAGUAGAGUGCACUCAGUUGGAGGACGUGGAGGCGCCGUCACGCUUCUGGGACAACACUUUAGCCGGGGUCGAUGAGUCGGCAUGUGGCUCUGGGCUAGAAUUUAAGACGAAGGUCUCACCUGUCAAAAUGGUAGGCCUGCUCCGUCCUUCAACCAUAAUCGAGGAUAAUGAACAGGACUCGGAUGUGUCGUCCCAUGUCAGCUUCCGAAGCGCUCGCACACUGAAGACAAAUGCCUCCAGUUGCUACGAAACAGCCACGGAUAGUUCGCUUAGUGGAACGCUUCUGAACGUCGAUGAUCUGUUCUACGCAGCAAUUGCAAAGGCCAAGCCACCAGGAAUGUCUAAAGGCGAGGAGUUGGAGCUUCUAAACGAUCUUCACGGCAGUCUUCAAGAGCUAGCAUCGCUUCCAAAAGAGGAAGAGGAGGAACCGUUGGAUGAUGUAGAGGACACCAUAAUAGAGCUGUCCUCUUCGGACGACGAGGAGGUACAACUAGUAUCAGAAGUGAAACAAGAAGACACUUCGCGAGUUUCCGCAUUUGGCAUAAAUAAAUCCACUGACCAGACGACUGUGGAUGAGAAUAAGGAAAACUCUUUGCAUUUCAACGAUACCAUGGAGGAAAUGCAGUACAUGAUGCAGAAAGGCAUGGAGUUUAUGACCGGUGGAGCUCCACCAACCGCUGCCGUUAAACCUCUAAGUCCUGUGCUCGCCAAGCAAAACACGUUCUUGAUUUCUCCGAAGCAAAUGCCCAAAGCGCCAGCUGCAGCCUUCGUGCAGCCAAGUUUACCGCUUCGCUCUUGCAACAAGCCACAGUCGGUGGGAGCAUCGCCGAGCAAGGCCAAACAGCCGCCCAAGGUCGAGCUUAGCAUGGAGUGGAACAGAAAGAAAUUCUUCAGUGGAUCCUCGGGCAUCCCACAGCGUCGGCAACAGCAGAUAAAACAACCGCCAUACGCCAACAUCGUCAGUCCCAUUCGCACAUAUACGCAGAAAUCGGGCAUCGCUCCGCUGAUGAGUACAUUUCGCCCAAUCAGUACUGACAUGUUGACUACCCUGGCCAUCAGUGAGCUGGAGCAGGAAUCCCGCUUGUGCCAGUUGAAGCCCGUUUCUAACUCGCAGGCCAGCACAUCCAAGGGAAUUGGGGGGUUCGGAAUAAAAGGCAUCGAUUCCACCGCCCACCUGCUGCCGAAAAAGGCUUACAUAUCUUCAGAGAUCAAGCACAUGGUGGAUGAGCGUACUCCUGUGCCCAUGCCCAGUGUGCCUCGGAUUCAGAAGUACCUUAACUCGGCUGUGGAACCCACUGUCUUACGUCACGAUGGUAAAAUGAAAAUGCCCGGCGAGACCACCCGAAACCCGUCCUCAACACACAUUCCUCGCCGCGCCAAUCACAGCUUGGCUGAUCUGUCUCUCGCCUCAGGAGAUGUGUCCUUGUACACGAUAAGAGAUGCCCAAAAGUUUUAAGUCCCUCAAUAAUAAUAAUCACCUCUCUUAGGGUUAAUAUUGCAACAAUAAUAAAUGUAUUGUAAAACUAGUACUAUUAAA